ACUCCUUAUAGGCUAUUGCAUCUAAAUAUCUAAUCCUGGAUGGACUGCGACCGGUAAGUCCAAAACAAAAUUAGAAGCAAAAGUGGCUUCUUUCAUCCUCCUCAUGGCUCGUUCUUGACUACACAAUUGAUUCUUUACACGCCAAGCAUCUUGUUUUGAUCAUAGUUUCAUCAGAGAAUCAUGCAGCCACUCCAUUUUCCAUCAUACAGGUAUAGCAGCAAAUUACCUACCAUAUCUUCCCUGAGCCUUGGUCUCCUGCUGCUGAUCUCCUUGGCUUCUCUCACCAGCUCCUGCACAGAGCAGGAGAAGGGCUCUCUUCACCAGUUCCUCGCCGAGCUCUCGCAAGACGGCAACCUUUCCAUGUCAUGGCGGAAUGAUAGAAACUGCUGUGUCUGGGAAGGUAUCACCUGCAACAGAAAUGGAGCGGUCACUGAUAUCUCCUUGCAAUCAAAGGGCCUUGAAGGGCACAUCUCACCAUCUCUUGGAAACCUUACUAGCCUGCUACGCCUCAACCUAUCGCACAACUCGCUGUCCGGUUACCUACCAUGGGAAUUGGUUUCUUCCAGCAGUAUCAGUGUCCUCGACGUCAGUUUUAACCGACUCAGAGGGGAGCUGCAAGACCCGCUAUCUCCGAUGACCGCUGUUCGGCCUCUGCAGGUACUGAACAUCUCGAGCAACUCGUUUACAGGACAGUUUCCAUCCACCACAUGGAAGGCCAUGAAGAACCUGGUUGCACUGAAUGCCAGCAACAACAGAUUUACUGGGCAGAUAUCGGAUCAUUUCUGCUCGAGCUCGCCAUCCUUAAUGGUGCUUGACCUUUGUUACAACCUGUUCAGUGGAGGCAUACCCCCGGGGAUUGGAGCUUGUUCCAGGCUAAAUGUGCUCAAGGUUGGUCAAAACAAUCUCAGUGGGACUCUCCCUGAUGAACUCUUCAAUGCCACCUCCUUGGAGCACCUGUCUGUUCCCAACAAUGGUUUAAAUGGAACACUCGAUAGUGCGCAUAUCAUGAAACUAAGUAAUCUGGUUACACUUGAUCUUGGAGGGAACAAUUUCAAUGGCAGGAUUCCAGAAUCUAUAGGUGAACUCAAGAAAUUAGAGGAACUCCUUUUGGGCCACAACAACAUGUAUGGAGAGGUGCCAUCGACUCUGAGCAACUGCACAAAUCUCAAAACCAUAGAUAUCAAGAGCAACAGCUUCAGUGGAGAGCUCUCCAAGAUCAAUUUCUCCACCCUACCCAAUUUACAAACUUUAGAUCUUCUGCUUAACAACUUCAAUGGAACAAUUCCGCAAAACAUCUAUUCAUGCAGCAAUCUAAUUGCAUUGCGGAUGUCUUCCAAUAAAUUCCAUGGCCAGCUGCCAAAGGGAAUAGGCAAUCUGAAGUCCCUCUCCUUCCUUUCAAUUUCCAACAAUUCUCUUACGAAUAUCACUGAUACACUUCAGAUACUCAAGAACUCCAGGAGCCUCAGCACUUUGCUUAUGGGAGUGAACUUCAAUGGUGAGCUUAUGCCAGAGGAUGAAACAAUUGAUGGCUUUGAGAAUCUGCAAUUUGUAUCAAUUGAUGACUGUUCAUUGAUUGGGAACAUACCAUUUUGGUUAUCAAAACUCACUAAUUUGCAGAUUUCAUGUACAGAGCAGGACAGGAGCUCCCUCCUCAAGUUCAUCAGGGAGCUCUCUCAGGAUGGAGGCCUCUCUGCAUCAUGGCAGGACGGCACAGAUUGCUGCAAAUGGGACGGGAUCGCCUGCAGCCAAGAUGGGACGGUAACUGAUGUUUCUCUGGCUUCUAGGAACCUUCAGGGGAACAUCUCACCGUCUCUUGGCAACCUCACUGGAUUGCUGCGUCUCAAUCUCUCCCACAACAUGCUAUCUGGUGCCUUACCACAAGAAUUGGUGUCUUCCAGCACUAUCAUCAUCGUUGACGUCAGCUUUAACAGGCUGAAUGGAGGUCUCAACGAGUUGCCAUCUUCAACCCCUAUCAGGCCACUGCAGGUACUCAACAUCUCAAGUAAUUUAUUUACAGGGCAGUUUCCAUCUUCCAUAUGGGAUGUGAUGAAAAAUCUGGUCGCCCUCAAUGUCAGCAGUAAUAAGUUUACUGGGAAGAUACCGACUCGUUUUUGUGACAGCUCAUCAAAUUUAUCUGUGCUUGAACUAUGUUACAAUCAAUUCAGUGGCAGCAUCCCCUCAGGACUUGGUAAUUGCUCCAUGCUCAAAGUUCUGAAGGCUGGUCACAACAAGCUCAGUGGGACACUCCCAGGUGAACUCUUCAAUGAUGUCUCAUUGGAGUACCUAUCUUUUCCUAACAAUAAUUUGCAUGGGGAAAUUGAUGGUACACAGAUAGCAAAACUGAGAAAUCUAGUAACUCUUGAUCUGGGAGGGAAUCAGUUCAUUGGCAAGAUUCCAGAUUCUAUCAGCCAACUGAAGAGAUUGGAGGAGUUACAUUUGGACAGCAACAUGAUGUCUGGCGAGUUGCCCGGAACUCUGGGCAGCUGCACAAAUCUCUCAAUCAUUGAUCUCAAGCACAAUAACUUCAGUGGAGAUCUUGGCAAAGUCAAUUUCUCCGCUCUACACAAUCUAAAAACUUUAGAUCUUUACUUCAACAACUUCACCGGCACAAUUCCAGAAAGCAUCUAUUCAUGCAGCAAUUUGACAGCCCUACGGUUAUCAGGCAACCAUUUCCAUGGAGAGUUGUCACCGGGAAUAAUCAAUCUGAAGUAUCUUUCCUUCUUCUCACUUGAUGACAACAAGCUUACUAACAUCACAAAAGCACUUCAGAUCCUUAAAAGUUGCAGCACCAUUACCACCCUGCUUAUUGGGCACAACUUUAGAGGAGAGGUCAUGCCACAGGACGAAAGUAUUGAUGGUUUUGGGAAUCUUCAAGUUCUUGACAUAAACAGUUGCUUGUUGUCUGGGAAAAUACCUCUAUGGUUAUCCAGGCUCACGAAUCUGGAGAUGCUACUUUUAAAUGGCAAUCAACUCACAGGACCAAUACCAAGAUGGAUUGAUUCCUUAAACCACCUGUUCUAUAUAGAUGUAUCAGACAACAGACUUACAGAAGAAAUUCCGAUCACCUUGAUGAAUUUGCCAAUGCUAAGAUCAACAUCAGACAUAGCCCAUUUGGACCCAGGGGCUUUUGAGCUUCCUGUUUAUAACGGGCCAUCAUUUCAAUACCGCACGCUUACUGGCUUCCCUACGUUGUUGAAUCUGAGCCAUAACAACUUCAUAGGUGUGAUUUCCCCAAUGAUUGGUCAGUUGGAAGUGCUUGUUGUGCUUGAUUUCAGCUUCAACAACUUAUCUGGGCAGAUCCCACAAUCAAUUUGCAACCUCACAAGCCUCCAGGUUCUACAUUUGUCCAAUAACCAUCUCACAGGUGAAAUCCCUCCUGGACUAAGCAAUCUGAACUUCCUCUCAGCAUUCAAUAUUUCCAACAAUGACCUAGAGGGGCCUAUUCCAACUGGAGGCCAAUUUGAUACAUUCUCAAACUCAAGCUUCGAAGGAAACCCAAAGCUUUGUGACUCUAGGUUCAAUCACCACUGCAGUUCAGCAGAAGCAAGUUCAGUGUCCAGAAAAGAACAGAAUAAAAAAAUCGUUCUCGCAAUAUCAUUUGGUGUCUUCUUUGGAGGGAUUUGCAUUCUUUUGUUGCUAGGGUGUUUCUUUGUCUCAGAAAGGAGCAAACGCUUCAUAACCAAAAAUAGUAGUGACAACGAUGGUGAUUUAGAAGCAGCUUCAUUCAACUCUGAUUCAGAGCAUUCAUUGAUAAUGAUUACACGAGGAAAGGGAGAAGAAAUCAACCUCACAUUUGCUGACAUUGUGAAAGCUACAAAUAACUUCGACAAGGCGCAUAUCAUUGGGUGUGGAGGCUAUGGGCUAGUCUACAAAGCUGAGUUACCAGAUGGUUCCAAGAUCGCUAUCAAGAAGCUCAAUAGUGAAAUGUGUCUAACAGAAAGGGAAUUCAGUGCAGAGGUUGAUGCACUAUCCAUGGCACAGCAUGCCAAUCUCGUGCCCUUCUGGGGUUACUGCAUCCAGGGCAAUCUGAGGCUCCUCAUAUACUCCUUAAUGGAGAAUGGUAGUUUAGACGAUUGGCUUCACAAUUGGGAUGAUGAUGCCAGCUCAUUUCUCGACUGGCCAACCAGGCUGAAGAUUGCACAGGGAGCAAGUCAGGGCCUUCAUUACAUCCAUGAUGUCUGCAAGCCUCAUAUCGUCCACCGUGAUAUCAAGUCCAGCAAUAUAUUACUUGACAAAGAAUUCAAAUCGUAUAUUGCAGAUUUUGGGCUGUCAAGGUUGGUCCUUCCCAACAUAACCCAUGUCACAACUGAACUAGUUGGCACUCUGGGUUACAUUCCCCCUGAAUAUGGGCAAUCAUGGGUUGCUACAUUGAGAGGUGAUAUGUAUAGUUUCGGAGUGGUCCUGCUAGAGCUUCUCACGGGGAGGCGCCCUGUUCCAAUCUUGUCUACAUCAGAGGAACUUGUCCCAUGGGUACAUAAGAUGAGAUCAGAGGGAAAGCAGAUUGAGGUGUUGGAUCCAACACUUCGAGGCACAGGGUGCGAAGAGCAAAUGCUAAAGGUGCUCGAAACUGCUUGCAAGUGUGUUGACUGUAAUCCUUUGAAGAGGCCAACUAUCAUGGAAGUUGUCACUUGUCUGGACAGUAUAGGCACUGAAAUAAAGAUAUAAAAUUAUAAAAACAUGAUAGAUAAUUUUGUAGUUCCCUAUAAGUAGUACUUCUGACUUGUCUUAUAGUUUGUUAUGUACAGCUUGGGACAGACUAAUAUCAUUUCAGCAAAUUGAUGUUACUUGUUUUUGCUUAGUGAAUGUUUAAUUCCAUCAAAAAGUGUUUUAAGUGAUUCUCUUCCUUUCCCUGUUUCUUGAAACACUAUCCACACCCAAGUUGUACAGGCAUGACAAAAAGUACAAACAAGUGAGAACAUGGUUAUGAUCCUUGAGUUUUUUACUGAGAGAGUCGAAAUUGUUUCCAUUCAAGUGAAGAUACCAAGAUACUCCAUCUGUUUCAAAUUAUUUGUCACUCUAUGUUUUUUCCUAAGUCAAAUACAUCUAUCUUUGAAAGUAUGUCUUAUGAUGAAUCUAAAAAUAUAAUAUAUAGAAACUGAUGGUCAAA